CGUUCACAUCGCGCUCCUUCGCGCUGUCCACUUCCGGGCCUGCGAGAUCCCUCUGUCACGUGGUUCUUCGUGAUCGGAAUCUUUAAACGGUUCGACCACACCGAGUUGACCAUCGUCGUCUCGAUUGGUUCGAUAUAAAUCGAUUGUUAGUGAGCGUCGUCUAGGUUUCGUUAAUUCCGUCACGUCGGAGUGUGUUGAAGGGAAAGAAAAAAUUCGACGAACAUGCGUAGAAUGGUACGAUUGAUUGUUUUGUUGGCGAGUUCCCGCUGUGUAAAUCCUUGAACAAGGAAGUCGAGAAUGCCGCGUGGAUCGUAGAUUGGUGCGUGACCGUGGUUGGAGAGUUGGCACGAGGCAUCGUCUUGUGCCUAGGGAAUUCCUACAGUUCGCUCGACUUUGCUCUGAAUCACCGCGACAAUAUCAUGUGCGCGAAGAUGAGCGUCCUUCAAGGUCGGCACUCCUCCAUGUGCACGAAGAUGAGUGUUCUCCAAGGAAUUAUGACCCUUCCGAGCAGCCCGUGUGAGAUAGACAACAUGAGCUUGUUUCAAGAUCUCAAGUUGAAAAGGAGAAAGGUCGACUCCCGAUGUAGUAGCGACGACUCCCCGGUAUCCCUCGGAUCAGCAGGCUCGCCGCAGGACCAGCCGGCGGACGCACCUUCACCCAUAAACUUUCCUGCUCCAGAGAGCAUGGCCGACACCUCGACCCUGUCGCCGGAGGCGAACAUGCCGGGCUCGCCGGGCUGCCCCGUGGUCAGAGUGACGAGCGAGUACCUGCUGGGCAGCCCGAGUCCAGGAGCACCGCGAGACUCCCUUCGCGGUACCGGCGAUACCGGAAAUGGAAGAGGAAAUGGACAGGACGGUCGCGACGCCACGUGCACGGACCGCGCGUCGCCCGACUCGGUCUUCCCGGAUGCGGGUCCGAUGGUGAGCUUCAGGGUCGCCGACGAACAGCAGCAGCAUCAUCAUCAGCAACCGCAACUCCGCUCCGCGACACCAGCGCCGACCAGAUCGUCGUCCUAUUCGCCGGUCCAGGCGGUCUCGUCGACCCCAAUUGCCCAGGAGGCCUCCUCCAGGAGCGACAGCCCGGACAGCGAUCUGUCAUCCGUCCAGACCAAGGAAGAGUCCGACAACUCGGUCUUCGACGGUGGCGGAGGUAGUGGAGGCGGUCGCACGGAGACUUCCAGUCAGCCGAGUCACCGGAACAGCCCGUCGUCUCAGUUCAAUCCGCAUCAGAGUGUCAGUCCUGGGUCCCAUGGAUCCGCGCAACAGCAACAAUCGCCGCAGACUCCGCCGACGCCGCCGAGGACGCGCGCUCCCUCGGUGCCGCCGCACUUGCUCGCGGCUCAUCAUCAGUUUUGGUCGCAAAACACCACCGGCGUGCAGGGAUUCGCCACGCAGAGGCUACUCAAUGGUGUCAUCAGCAGCGCCGUGAGCUACGGCGGACAGAACGCCACUAACGUCUCCACGAAUUCCGGCGGCGGCACCAGCACCAGCUGCGUCACCACCGGCGCGACUACUACAGCAACUUCGUGCGAAGCAAUGAAACCACCGGCGCAGAGGACAGCGCCAGCACCACCACGUCCUCCGCCUACAGUUUUAAUGGGCGAGAUCGGCGGCGUCCGUACGAUGAUAUGGUCGGCGCCGCCGUUGGAUCCGGUACCGCCGCCUGCUGCUUCCUGGACGGCCACGGCGGCCGCCUCGUGCUCCUCGUCCGAGGAGUCGGCCGCUCAGCUGUUGCUGAAUCUCGGUCAAGAGUAGGGUAAACCGCCCUCCUCGACCUCCACCGCGGUGUCGUACUCGUCCGCCGCCGCCGGGCCACCCCUUAACAUGGAGAGGCUAUGGGCCGGCGAUUUGACGCAGCUGCCGGCCGCGCAACAAAUGCAAGCGUUAAAUCUCACGGCUUCCGGCUCCGCCGCGCAACCGUGGCUGAGCAACGGCAGCACGAUUGUCAAAUCCGAGGCAGCCUCGCAGUCUAUAUCGUUCGCGCCACCAGCACCCCCAUUACCACCCCAGGAACACGAGGAAGACGAGACACCCAUGAUAUGCAUGAUCUGCGAGGACAAGGCGACCGGCCUGCACUACGGCAUCAUCACGUGCGAAGGGUGCAAGGGCUUCUUCAAGAGAACUGUACAAAAUAGGCGAGUGUAUACGUGCGUGGCGGAGGGCGGCUGCGAAAUUACGAAAGCGCAGAGGAACAGAUGUCAAUACUGCCGAUUUAAGAAAUGCAUCGAACAGGGUAUGGUUUUGCAAGCGGUUCGAGAAGACCGGAUGCCUGGGGGAAGGAAUUCCGGUGCAGUGUACAAUCUUUACAAGGUGAAAUACAAGAAGCACAAGAAGAGCAACAAAGCUGGUGGCGGCAUGAGCAGUAGUAAUGUCGGUGGUGUAAACGGCUCGGGAUCCCUGGGGGGCACCAAGGGUGCCAUGGGUACGACGAUGUUGGACAAGCACAUGGCUGCGGCUGCAGCCGCUCAUCACAGCCAGCAGCAGCAGCAGCAUGCCCAGCUGGCAGGUAGUUUUCUUCAUCAUCACAAAAUCUCGUCAGGUGAUCCCCUCAAUUCGCCAUCCACCCCAAGUCAUCCGAGCCACCCUGCUCACUCGGGCCACCUCGUCAACGGGACGAUCCUGAAGACGGCGCUCACCAAUCCCUCCGAAGUGGUGCAUUUACGGCAAAGGCUAGAUAAUACAGUAAGCAGUUCGAGGGAUCGAGUCUUUCCUCUGGAUGCAACCCUAACUAUGAUCCAAACCCUUAUAGACUGCGACGAGUUUCAAGAUAUCGCCACAUUGAGAAACUUGGACGAGCUGCUGGACCAUAAUUCAGAUUUAAGUGAGAAGCUGUGUCAAAUAGGAGACAGCAUAGUGUACAAGUUGGUGCAGUGGACCAAAAGGUUACCGUUUUACCUUGAGCUACCGGUCGAAGUUCAUACGAGGUUGCUUACCCAUAAGUGGCAUGAACUUCUUGUGUUGACCACCUCUGCCUAUCAAGCGAUGCAUGGUCAGCAUGGGUUAACUAAUGUUGGUACUGACGGAACGAAUGCAGAUUUUAUGCAAGAAGUAACGAACAACAUGUAUACGUUGCAAACGUGCCUAACCAGCAUGAUGGGUCGACCGAUAACCAUGGACCAAUUGCGGCAAGACGUAGGGCUCAUGGUAGAGAAAAUAACAUAUGUCACGCUAAUGUUCAGGCGGGUGAGGCUACGGAUGGAGGAAUAUGUUUGUCUAAAAGUAAUCACUAUGCUCUCACAAGCACGAGGUGGUACACUGGAAUUAGAACAGAUACAAGAACGAUACAUGAGCUGUUUGCGAAGUUUUGUCGAACACAGUGCGCCCCAGCAGCCAAGUCGAUUUCAUGAUCUUCUCAUUAGGUUGCCUGAAGUACAAUCAGCGGCGGCUUUACUACUCGAGAGUAAAAUGUUUUACGUUCCUUUCCUAUUGAAUUCAGCAAUUCAAAGAUAGUAAAUAAACAAAGUGACGCUAAACGAAGCUGAAUACCUAUAUACAUAUUAUACAUAUGUUAUAAAUAUAUACACACAAAAAGGUAAGAAAACCGAACAAACAGACGACAAGCAACAAAUGAAUAGAAAGAAAGCAGAAAGAAAAGAGCCCAACGAGAAAAAAAAAGAGAACUCGAAUACCGAAUGGGGAAAGGCUUUGUUUGUGUAUGUAUAAUAAAUAUAUAUAUAUAAAAGUAUAUAUAUACAUAUAAAUAAUAUAAAUGUGUGUGUUCGUUGCGGUGUACAAACGAAGGAGGACGAAUAAGGAGGAGAAAUCGUUCAAACGAAAUGGAACGAAAUGGAACAGUGGACGAUAUAGAAAGUAAUUACGUCGGGAGCGAAAAGAGAGAGGGAGGAUUUAAAUAAAAAAAUAUUAAAGAAAAAAAUA